CUAACCUUUGUCUUUUACCUGUAAGCGUAGAAGCUUAUAGUGUAGACACCAUGAAGCGUCUCUUUCUCAUCUGCUGGCUUGUUUUACUGGUCAUCGUGCAGGCCAAACCAAAAAAGAAAGAAGAGCAGAAACAUAAAUCUGGGUUAGUUCUAACAGAGAGCGGCCAGCUGUGUCAUUUCCCCUUUCAUCAUGCUCGCAUGGUACACUACUCUUGUAUCAGAAGAGGAAAGCACGGCCCCAGACCAUGGUGCUCCCUCACAAAACACUAUGAUGAAGACAAGCUUUGGUCCUACUGUGUGGAUGGAGACAAAGUCACAGAUCAUUGUGAAAAUAACCCAUGUGAACCAAGAGGUGUAUGUGAAAGCACUUUGAGGAGUUAUAAAUGCAUAUGUAAAGAACCAUACACAGGCAAGGAUUGCAACAAAGACAAGUGCUUUGAUAAAGGGCUGCAGCAGUAUUUUGAGCCUAAGGAAAAGUGGCUGCGAUACGUUCCCCCUAAGUUGGAAGAAUGCACCUGUGGUGAGAAGGGGAGCGUUUGUAAAGCAACGACUGGGAAACACUGCUCUGACAAUCUAUGCCUCAAUGGAGGACACUGCAUUCAACACAAGCACAGCAAGGUGUGUGGCUGUACACAGGGACACAUAGGACCUCACUGUGAAAUAAAUCAAAAUGAGAAUUGCCUCUUUGGAAAUGGUACCAGAUACAGAGGUACCGUAAGUGUCACGGCAACAGGAGUACCCUGCUUAAACUGGGAAUCUCAUAUCAUCAAGCACGAGGUUUCCAUGUACAGUGGCCAGCAUGCACUAGGGAAUGGCAUAGGACAUCACUCAUACUGCAGGAGCCCCGAUGGAGACCCAAAGCCCUGGUGUUUCAUACUGAAGGCAGAAAUCGUGAGCUGGGAACAUUGUCUGAUCCCACUGUGCCAGCAGAUAACCAGUACACCAGCCAGUAUUCCACAUCCACAAACCAUUAAACCCAAGCCUCCAACACAGGGACCCAAAUUGCCUGUCAGCACCUCUAAGACCCCAGGUGAUUCAGGAGCUCAUAGUAAUGUCACACGAGAGAUACCUUUGGACUGUGGAAAGAGGUUCCUUAAAAGUCCUUCUAUAUCAUCACGUAUUGUUGGGGGACUGGUAGCCCUCCCGGCCUCUCACCCUUACAUGGCAGCCAUCUAUAUCGGGAGCAGCUUCUGUGGUGGGUCCCUCAUCUCGCCUUGUUGGAUUGUAACCGCAGCUCACUGCUUAGACCGCCGACCAAGUGUGAAACAGAUCACAGUGGUCCUAGGACAGAGUCUAUUUAAUACAACAGACCAGCACACAGCCGUGUUCCAAGUGCAGAAAUACAUCCUUCAUGAACAGUAUUCUGAGAACACUUUUCAGAAUGAUAUAGCUCUUGUGAGAUUGCACAAUGUAGAAGGGACUUGUGCCGAGUACUCACAAUUUGUACAGCCGGUAUGUUUACCACAAAUCACCAAGACCACUGGAACUGCACAACACUGUGAAGUGGCUGGUUGGGGACAUCAGUAUGAAGGAGACGAUCAUUAUGCGGUAUUUCUGCAGGAAGCACAUAUUCCCAUCAUCCCUGUUACACAGUGCCAAUCUCCUCUUGUCCAUGGUAAUAAAAUUCUUAGGGGUAUGAUGUGUGCUGGAUUCAUGGAGGGAGGUGUGGAUGCGUGCCAGGGAGACUCAGGAGGCCCCUUUGUAUGUGAAGUUGAUGGUAGAGUGCAUCUAUUUGGCAUUGUAAGUUGGGGAUCUGGCUGUGCUGAAGAAAAUAAGCCUGGUGUAUACACUGAUGUCUCCCAGUACAUCAACUGGAUCAUCGCCAACAUAAACUGAGCCAUGCUGAGCCCACCUUGGAAAUCAUCCAUUCCAUGACUCCUUUUGGAACUCUCUUCUGAUUAGAGAUCAUGUAAAACUCUAUUUACAUGAUCCAGUAGUUCAGGAUUAUUCUGUUUGCUUCAAUGUAUUCCUGAAAUUAAAAAGAAAUCUUUUAUAAA